UGUGCCAUCUUUUCCCUCCUCACUUGAAACAGAAAGCCAAUUUUGGGAUAGGAGGGAUGCGUAGAGGCGAAGUAAAAACAGCAGUUCCCAUUCACUGCAGUGGGGAUUGUGUGUAAGAACUUACCCAAGGAUGAAUCCAAUUCACCCAUGUGCCUGGAUCUCUUACCCUGGAAAUGAAGGAUAUUUAAAAGUGCCUUAACACUAGCAGCGAUCGUAGCCCCAUGUGUGAAUGGACCACUAUCACAUCAGAGAUACACGGCCACAUCACCUAUCACAUCAGCCACAAUGCCUUUGAACACAAUCGGCUCUUUACAAAUUCAGCGGCGAAUGGCCAAGCGUGAGGCAGGCAAACAAAGGCUGGAGAUAGGAGAAACCAAGAGGGGUACGUACGUGCGUGCAUGUAGGAACGAAGCUUUAGGUAGCCGUGCUCGUUAUGAGGGCUCGAGAGCAGCCUUUCUAGCUGUGAUGACUGUUUGGGCCCAGCUGCAGCAGCACCAGCUCCAAACUGGCGCGCCCUUUCUCUUUCCAAGGGCGGCUCCGGCCAGGCGUGCAGUUACGUGCCGAGGGGCGGCGCCGCCGCCGCCUUCUCCUCGCCUCUGUUCAGUCCCGGUUCGGGAACCAACCUACCGGCGCCGCCUCGCUCUCGCUGGGAGCGGCCGCCCAGAAGCGAGGAUGCUCCAGCGGGCGCAGAGGCGAAGGCGCGGGAGACGGGACUUCCCUGCGGCGGCCAUGCGCUUUCUCAGCCUUGCCUAGCAAAACCAGCAGCCGCAGCCGCCGCCGCCGCCUCCAUGGCGAGUGCGGCGGCGAAGUCCCCCGUUAGGUUGGCGCGACGCGGCCCGCCUCAUAGAGGGACGCGCGGCCGCGGCGGCGGCGCUCGGGCCCAUCUUGACUCUCGCCUCCGUGCGCCCUAGGAGGACGCCGGCAGCGGCGGUGGCGCCAUGGCCGAGACGGAGCGUCCAGAAGAGGCGGCCCGGCUGUGGCGAGACGCCGCCCUGCGCGCCAGGAAGCUGCGGAGCAACCUUCGGCAGCUGGAACUGGAGCUGGGCUCCCGGGAGGAGGGCGGCCCAGAGGCCGAGCCGGAGCCGAAGUCUUCGCCGCCGCUGCCGCCGCCGCCGCCACCUCCCUCGCCUCUGGAGACGCUGAACCUGAGCGGGCGCGGCCUGGAGGAGCUGCCCGAGGGGUUGUGCGCCGCGGUGGGCAGCAGCUUGCGCGUCCUCUCGAUGCGGAGGAACCGGCUGGCUCAGCUGCCUUCGGCCGCCGCCCUUCGGCACUUGGGCCGCCUGGCCGAGCUUGACCUCAGCCACAACCGCCUGCGGUGCCUGCGCGACGACGGCCAGGCGCUGGCGCUCCUGCGCGGUCUUCGCAAACUCAGCCUCAGCCACAACCAGCUCGGGGCCGACGGUGACGGGACGCUGCCCGCAGGCUUGGGCGAGCUGCGGCUGCUGGAGGAGCUGGACCUGAGCUUCAACCGCCUUAGCCGCCUGCCUGAGGAGGCCCUGGCUCGCCUGCAGCAGCUUCGCGCCCUGGACGUCGACCACAACCAGCUCCCCUUCUUCCCUCAAGCCUUGCUGCUGCUGGGCGCGCUGGAGGAGCUGGACUGCUCUGGCAACCGGCUCCUGCAGUCCCUGCCUGAGGGCAUCUCCGCGCUGCGGCGCCUGAAAAUCUUGUGGCUCAGCGGUACUGGCCUGGUGGCCCUUCCUGAAGGCUUGUGCCAGCUGGGUGCCCUCGAAAGCCUCAUGUUGGAUGGGAACCACCUCCGAGCUCUGCCCGCCGGCUUCGGGAGCCUGCAGCGCCUCAAGAUGCUGAACCUCUCCUCUAACCUGCUGGCCGACUUCCCCGCAGCAGUGCUGGCCCUGCCUGGCUUGGAGGAGCUCUACCUGAGUCGCAACCAGCUCACCCUGCUGCCCGCUGGGCUUUGCCAGCUCUGCCAUCUCCGCACACUGUGGCUGGACAAUAACCGCAUCCGCUACCUGCCCGACUCCAUCGUCCAGCUUCAUCACCUGGAGGAGCUGGUGCUGCAGGGCAACCAGAUUGCCAUCCUGCCCGAGGGCUUUGGCCAACUCAGCCGGGUCAGCCUCUGGAAGAUUAAAGACAACCCCCUGAUUCAGCCCCCCUAUGAAGUUUGUAUGAAGGGCAUCCCUUAUAUUGCUGCCUAUCAGCAGGAGCUAGCCCACUCCCAGCCUGCCCUCAAGCCCCGGCUCAAGCUUGUCCUCAUGGGCCUGAAAAAUGCAGGCAAGACUCUGUUAAGGAAGUGUCUCAUGGAGGAGGAUCAAGAGGAACAGGGGAAGAGAGAUUCCUCCUUAAUUGCAGCCAACAAGGAUUCUGGGAAAGUCCACGAUAGGGCAUGUUGCAUGCAGCCACUGAGAGAGAGGCCUCAGCCUCUCUCCCCAAAAGCACAGCCAAAGCACCACCCCAUUGUUGAGCAGCCAGAGCCUUCCCCUCGGCCAGCUUCACCCCUGAAGUGUUCCCAUUUAGCAUGUGUCUCCACUGAGCAGUGGGAUAUGCUCUUUGAUUCAUCCCCGAAAGUUGCUGGGCAGACCCAGCUAGGCUGCCUUGCUGUCAAGCAGCAGGUUGAUGCUCCACUGCCCCCAUCCCCCAAAGUAAAUGGGGAAAUGCACUUAGGAUAUUAUCCCCUGCCCCAGCCCAUUAUGCUCCCAGCCCCAUCUGUAGCAGGGUUGCCAGGCAGCAGGAAAGGCAUCGAGGUGAUAGACUGGACAGCCGAUGUGGAGAGGAGUUUGACCUUCAUUGUUUAUGAGCUAGCAGGAGACCCGAGCUACGAUGUGAUUCAGCCCUUCUUCCUCUCUCCGGGAGCCCUCUAUGUACUGGCAGUGAACCUGAGUACUUACGUGCCACAGUGUUUCUAUUCCUCUGUGGGACACUUCCUUCACUGGCUGGGAGCAAAGGUGCCACAUGCUGUGGUGUGCAUGGUAGGCACUCAUGCAGACCUGUGUGCUGAGCGGGAGGUAGAGGAGAAAUGCUUAGACAUCCACCGCCAGAUUGCUUGGCAGGAAAAGCGGGACUACGAGGGCCUCCAGAGUUUGGCCCAACAGGUGGAUGAAGCCCUGGGGCAGGAUUUCGAUCUGCGCUGCUCCAGCCCCCACGUUGCCUUCUAUGGAGUGUCAGACAAGAACUUAAGGCGCAAGAAAGCGCAGUUCCAAUAUCUACUCAACCACCGGCCACAAAUCCUCUCUCCAGUGUUGCCCAUAAGCUGCUGGGAUUGCUGCCAGGUGCGCCGUUUGCGAGAGAAGCUCCUUUCGGUGGCUGAGCACAGAGACAUCUUUCCAAAUCUGCACCGGGUGCUGCCCAGAUCCUGGCAGGUGCUGGAGGAGCUGCACUUCCAGCCUCAGGCUCAGCAGCUGUGGCUGAGCUGGUGGGACUCCGCUCGGCUUGGCCUGCAGGCGGGACUGACCGAGGACCGUCUCCAGAGCGCCUUGUCCUACUUGCAUGACAGUGGCAAGUUGCUGUACUUUGAGGAACACCUCACCCUGAGAGAAUAUGUUUUCCACAACUUGCCUAGGCUCAUUGACAUCCUCAACGUCUUCUGCCAGCGGGAUGCCACGGUGUUGCUCCAGAAACUGCUCCGCAAUGCCCACGUGGAUGAGCUGAAGGCCACACAGCUCCACCACUAUGUGGAAGGAUUCCUGCUCCAUGGACUGCUCCCUGCUCAUGUUAUCCGCCUGCUUCUCAAGCCCCAUAUCCAGAGCCAAGAGGACCUGCAGCUCAUCCUGGAGCUGCUGGAAAAGAUGGGGCUCUGCUAUUGUGUCAAUAAGCCCAAAUCCAAACCCUUGAAUGGGGCCACUGCGUGGUACAAGUUUCCCUGCUAUGUGAAGAAUGAGAUGCCCCACGCAGAGGCAUGGAUCAAUGGCACCAACCUGGGUGGGCAGUCCUUUGUUGCGGAACAGCUGCAGAUUGAGUACAGCUUCCCCUUCAUCUUUCCACCUGGGCUGUUUGCCCGCUACAGUGUCCAGAUUAACAACCAUGUGGUUCAGCGAUCGGAUGGGAAAUGCCAGAUUUAUGCAUAUCGGGGGAAGGUGCCAGUGGUCAUAAGUUACAGGCCUGCCAAAGGUGCUCAGCAACCAGAUACUCUGUCUAUCGCUAGUCACGCAUCCCUACCAAAUAUAUGGACCGCCUGGCAAGCCAUAACCCCACUAGUGGAAGAACUGAAUGUACUGCUCCAAGAAUGGCCAGGCCUGUACUAUACCGUGCAUGUUCUCUGUUCCAAGUGCCUUAAAAGAGGGUCACCCCACCCACACACCUUUCCAGGAGAAUUGCUGAGUCAGCCCAGACCUGAGGGAGUGACUGAGAUCAUCUGUCCUAAGAAUGGCAGUGAGCGAGUGAAUGUGGCUCUGGUUUACCCCCCUACGCCAACAGUGAUCAGCCCUUGUUCCAAGUGACCUCUGGAAGACACCUGCCUUUGCCCCUAUAUAAGGACACACUAAACACCCCUUAAUCAAACAAGCCCUUGCUAAGCAUUUUUGGAGAUGAGCAGCCUAGAGAUGGUUCUGAUUGUCGGUGGGGCCUGGACAUCUAAGCUUGGGAAAUAAAGGUAUAGUGGGAUCACUGCUUCCUUUUGUGAAUGGGGAUAUUUGCACUGAUGGUAUUGUUCUAUCUAAGAACACCAAGAUGAAGCUAAACUGAGGUAGAGAGCCAGCCUUUUGUAAGGAUUCGUCAUUUCGUGGAAUUUACUUACCCUUCUAAGCCCCUCAGUUGAGUGCCUCAACUGUUUCAUGGUACAUCUGUGCUUGGCAGAAUUGCAAGAUGCUUUGAAAUCUUCCUGCCGCUCUUGUUCUGAGCAAGCUGUGAUGCAGGGGGAAGAGAAGAGGCUUGCUCAGGUCAUUCACAGUUGCUGGCAUAUCAUUGGCCACAUGAUUUCUUCAUGCACGCCUUACUUGGAGCAGCAUGGGACGAAGCUAGUGGGAAGCAGCUCCAGUAACAGGCAUGUGAAGGAACCAUGACAGUAAUAUGCAAACCAUGAUGGGAAAUCACCAGAAAAACACAAUUUAUUACACUUGAAAACUUGGAUUAAGAAAAUUCCAACACUGAACAAAUGGCUUCCAGAUAACUUCAAAAGAAAAUAUAGAUUAAUGGGAACAGGUGUGUUGAAGGCUGUACAUUGGGCUGGACAUAAAUCUGCAGCCUAGCUGGACUGAUCCUUACCACCAGUUGGGGUUGGAGUUGUGUGUCUACAAGAACUCUCUUCAGUGGCUUAUUGAAGCAGCAAGCAUCUUCAUCCUGAACUGCCCCUCCAUGAACUUGAAUACACUACAGUCUGAAGGUUCUGGAUGGUUUUAAUUGCCUCACAAGUACCAAAACAAGUGCAUUGUUUGUUGGCUGACAGUAACGUACUGAGACUGAGAAAUCUAUGGACCAGUAUUGUGCACUUGUUUGGACCCAAUGAUGAAUGUAGUAUUGUUCUCAGUGCAGUCAUUCAAAUGUACCCGAAGGAGAGAUCUGCUGAAAAGGAGCUGUUGGGAACUCUCUGUGGCUGUCCCCAUGCAGUUUCCCUAUAGGAAGAAACUAAUAAUUCUGUGGCUGUGAUGUGUUGUGGAGAAGGAUGAAAAUCAAAACUGGAAAAUACCUCUUCUCGUGGGCACUUUCCCAGGAACUGAAUAUGUAACUUAAGCCCCAAACUGAAGUGGUGUGUGUGUUGUUGUUUUUUAAAGUAAUAUAUUAACUUGCAGAAGAAAGAUGGACUAAAGGAUUUGUCGCUCGACCCCCUCGGCCUCAGGAUCAUCCUCUUGCAAAAGAGCUGCUUGCCAACAGAAUGGGUUGAAAAGCUUCUCAGGGAUUAUGUUCAUUGUGCAGUUGAAAAGCCAGAACUGCAGUCAUGACAGCAGUGGUGGGGGCACUCCAUUUCCAAGUCUGACUAAUGUGAAAAGAGGGAUCACUUUGCUGGAGUUCACUGCUGCUCAGUAAUUCAUGUGAAUUUUUUUUAAAGCAUUAAUCUUUAUUUUUGUAAUAUGUAAGUUUUUAAUUAUCUAUGCAGUUAGAAUUAAGUUGACACUGGGUGCAAAGUUCAGCACGAAGAUUGUUUUAGACCAGCUGCUGGAUUCUGCUUUUGUCAAAAUAUUGCAUGUAUGUAUCUUCACCGUUUAAACAUCUACACUCUUUCUCUCUCUCUCGAUAUAUAUACACUUCACUUUCACUGCACAACUUAAUGAUAAAAACCCACCGAAGCAAACACUAGCAUGGGUUCUUCUGGGAAUGUUUGCCUCCCCCCAGGGGUUGAAUUAGUACUUUAAAAAAACUUGCCCUGCUUGUCUGUCACUCCAAGAAAACUGACCCAAACCCUUGCAUUCAAGCAAUCCUGGUUCCAAGGGGCUGAGAAACCAUCUCUGCAACAGAAAAGGGCCAGUCAUAGAGCAGCAACUUCUGUUUUAACCGUUGUUGAUUUGAGGAAACUCUGUCUUGAGAGAACCAUAGCACAAUGUACAGAAAGCUUGAGUCAGAAACCAAUUUGUGGCAGGUGCAUAUGGUGGGAUGGCCAUUAAGUGGGUCAGAAAUCAUUCAUCCCACAAUGAUGGUAAGACCCUCAUGAAAAAAACAGAGCCGGGAACAAAAUGGAUGGAAGAGUUACAUGCCGACACACCUCAAGCACAGAGGACUUCAGAAUGAUAAAAAUCAGAUAUGCUGUCAUAAAAAUAAAGAGGCAUUGUAAUUGGGAGCUUAGAGAGGGAAAUCCAUCUCUUUCUGGUUACAUGCCACAAGGAUUAUGCGUUCUUUCUAAACUGACUCUGUUUAGCUUCAGUGGCAGUUACUCUUGAGUUUUCCCGCUGAAAUUAAUGGAACAAGUUAGAUGUGACUACCUUAACCCAUUGUUUUAAAUGGGACUACUCAUGAUUAACUCAGUCUGGAUAUUAGCCAGUGUAUUUAAAAUUAAGCAUCCAAAUACUAGCAGGUAAAUUCAAUUUUUGCUAUAACAGAUUUUAUCCUGUUUCCAAAAGUUUUUUUCCUUGACUUAGGACACCACAUUGAUGUAUUUAAUUUCUGUCAUCCUAAAGUUGGUGAUUGGUCCGUGUUUUCUAGAACACUAAGAAAUUCAGUUUCAAAAGUAUAAGCUAGUCAGGAUCUAGUUUAAAUGUUGCCUAACAAAUGUGAAUGCUGCCAUUGAAUAAUUGCUCCUGUACCACUCUAAUAAUGUUAACUUCUGCCCAUAUGUUUAGGUCAGAUUGUGUAGUUGUGUACCACUUCCACAACAUUUGCCCAAUCUGGCAGAAGUGGUACACAACUACACAACAUAUUUAAUGUUACUGAAAUGGUUUGGGAACAACUACAGUUGAGGUAGCUUUAGAAUAAGGCCUCAAACCUUUUCCCCCUUAUUGGGAAAUACUGCUUAUAAUGUCAAUUCAUAUAGCUAACAUCACUUGUAAAACUCUAGCUGCAUUUUAAGGUGUAACUUUGAGAUAGGUUUCCAUAGAGAAAUCUAAAAAGCAUUCAGUUUUAUGUUUAGUUAAAUAAAAUAUUUACCUCAUUUGAUAAGAGGUUGGAAUGAUGGAACAUGUGUCAACAAAUGCGUCUUGUGUCAUGAGUGAACUUUUAAAUCUUGGUGGCUACUUUUCAUGAGUGUGUUGAGAAAGAUGGUGUUUUCCCUAGACAAGUCACACUGUUUACAAGAAGCUGAGUUGUGGGGCUAACUUAACUGCAGCUCUCUGUGGUGUUCAUUGGAUCUUGUAAGCAAUUUCUGAUCAACAGUGUCAAUUUUAAGGGUGAUAUUCCCAGAGGUUAAUUAGCUUUAUAGGCUGCAUUCCUGAUGGUCACUUGGUGUAAGAAUUGAGAAGGAUUUCACAAGUAAAUUUCAGUGUGAUAUCACUUUGAUAAAAUAGUUUGGGCUUCUGAACUGUAUUGUGUUUAGGUUUGCCUUAAAUAGGAUCCAUUGAGAUGUGAUCCUCUUUCUGUGGUAAAGUGCCAAAAUGGCAGUGAUAACCAGUAAAUGGUUACAGGUUUCCUCACCACGAAGUUUAUGACAGAAAUUUGAGGGGGUGAACUUUGAGUAAGCUGGAUUUGGGAUGCCAGUUGAGGUGAGAUGUCUAAUUGUGCCUCCGUCUUCAAUACAAGGUCCCGGAUAGGCUGGGUUAAUGCUAAAAGGAAAGGAAAGGGGGCAGGGGUGGGGGGGAGACAUGGCUGAUUUGAGUUGCUCUCUAAAACCGGUAUAUGGAAAAGUUUUGGAUACCUGUGAAAGUGAUCUUUGCCAGUGGUUGGAGAUAGAACCAGUUUUGCCAUUGCUCUAAAAAUUGAUGGCCUUGGAUCCCAAUCUGUUUUCCUGCUAUUGGCUAAUAAUGCUCAACCUCAUGUUGUAGGGCCUGAGACAAAAUGAUGGUUAUGGUCUGGUGUCAGAGAACGUAAACACAGAUGCAAGCAAAAUUUCUUUGCUAUGCAGGAAUUUUUGGUACAAACACUGCAGCCCAAAAGAGCCUUUUGGCCGGCAGAGUGUCUCAAUUGGAUCCUGUUGCAGCAUCAGUUGGAGACCUCUGCCAGUUUUCCUAAGAAGAGGGUGGAUAAAGUUUUGCUCUGUGAAGCACAAAAAUCAGUCAAACUGUUUCUCUUAACUGCUAUCAGUCAUGUUUUCUGUUUCUAGGAUCCAUGACAGGAAAAGCUGUUUCCUGGAUUUACAUUGCAGUGCUGCCAAAGUAAUUCCUCCCCACAAAAAUCCUCAAAAGGUUCACUUCCCUUUGACCUCUCAUUAUGAUUCACUCCUAGAAGGGAAGGGAAAAGGGGUGUUGGUGUAACAUGGAUGCAGUUUUGUUCAGCAGAGGGCGUAGGGGCUCUUCUUAUGUCAAUUCUCCACAUUUUAGCACAGGCAUUUUUUUUUUUUUUUACAAAAAGAAAAAAUAUUCUCACCAAAACAUAAACCUGAGAAUAAAAGUAAUCUUAAACUUGA